AUGGGCUGGCCUUUGACUCAAUUGGAUGUAAAAAAUGUAUUCCUCAAUGGAGAGUUAAAUGAGGAAGUAUACAUGGAUUUUCCACCCGGGUUUGAAGAAAGCAAGGGCCAAGGGAUGAUUCAAAAGAAAUUAAAAGUCAAAGAAUUUCUUAGUGCUGAAUUCGAACUUAAGGACUUGGGGAACCUUAAGUACUUCCUUGGAAUGGAAGUAGCAAGGUCUGAAACAUGUAUUUCCAUCUCCCAAAGAAAGUAUAUUCUUGAUCUAUUGUUUGAAGUUGGGUUGUUAGGGUGUAAACCAGUUAAAACUCCUAUGGAAUUUAAUCUUAAAUUGGGAACUGAUAGAGAUGGAGAAGAAGUCGACAAGGGGAGAUAUCAACGACUGGUAGGAAGACUCGUCUACCUAUCUCUCACCCUUCCAGACAUAACCUUUGGUGUGAGUGUUAUCAGUCAGUACAUGCAUGCCCCAAGAGAGAAGCAGCUGGAAGUUGCUUACAAAAUUUUAAAGUAUCUAAAGGGGACUCCUGGUAAAGGCCUACACUUCAAGAAAACUGCCAACCGAAGUGUGGAAAUUUACACUGACGCAGACUGGGCAAGGAUGAACUUGAAGCGUUAUCUUUGUGAGUAUCUGCCAAGUUUGCCAAUAGCUUUUGCACUUGGAAUUAGAAGGAAAGCCAGCAGCUGUCGUUAUAUGGUUGUUUUUCAGUAUGGAUCUACUGUCUUGUUUAACAUUGAGGACCAUGAAGUUGAGAGCCACCUUGAAAUGGUUAGGAAACAUGCUUCUGGAUUGCUUACAGAAAUGAGGAAAGAUGAUUAUACUGUAAAAGAGCAGCCAUUAUUGACAAAGGAUAUGCAGGGAGGACUUGAUUACAUUGUUCUUAAAACUUUAGACACUGAUAGCAUCCGUGUCAUCGGAAGUGUUCUUGGUCAAAGCAUUGCAUUGGAUUAUUUUGUUUCACAGGUUGAUGGGAUGGUUGAAGGGUUGGCUGACAUAAAUCGUGCAAUGGAAAAGACUGGAACUUUCACAAUGGAUCGGACAAGGCUCAUUAAACUCGUUGGAAAAGCCAAUUCAAAUUUGGCUGAUGUAAUUCUUAAAGUUGGUCUUUUUGAGAGAUCAGAAAUUGCUUGGAGAGAAGCAAGAUAUGCUCAAAUAUACGAGUACCUUCGAGAGGAGUAUGAGGUGACACAACGCUUUGGGAAUCUGGAUUUCAAGCUAAAAUUUGUGGAGCACAACAUUCGCUUCCUUCAAGAAGUUAUCCAAAAUAGACGGUCCGAUCUCUUGGAAUGUUGUAUCAUUUUCUUGUUGACUAUAGAGAACGUGAUAGCAAUAUAUGAGAUUGUCCGUGAAUCGACCAGAGUUUCUCUGUGACUUGGCUGGCUAACUGGUGAGGAAGUUAGGGUAGGCAAACUGGUUACAGUAGCAAAAAUUAAACAGAUUAUAACUGAAAAGUAGGGGAAGAUCAGUUAUAGCAUACAUUUUUAGGCCACCAACUAUUGGCACAUCAAGUAUUUGCAUCAACUCUUCUGCAUCUGGCAAUCAAGGAUACAGUUUCUGGUUAUAUUCAAAUAUAC